UCGUUGCACCCUGACCCCUCACCUGCAGCUCGUUUCACCUGCCUAUAUGAGGACCUGCAGGACGCUGACUCAGUGUGAAGUCCUGCCAGUCUCUCUGCAUGCUGAGCCUCGGCUCCUCCCUGCUGAUGGUUUUGGUUGCCUUCACCCUUUUCUGUGCUCUUUCGCUGCUUCUGGAUCUCCCUUUGGUGCCUUUGAACUUUUCCAGAGUUUUGACCUUUGGACUGUUUUCGACUCUGACUCUGGUUUUUGUGUUUUGGAUUAAACAGGAUUAUGGAUUCUAAUCAGCCUGGAGACUCUUCCUCACAUCUCUUUGCUUUAGAGCAGUCUUUGAUCCAUCAGUGGAUCAGUGUUGUUCUCCUGCAGAUCCUGUUCAUUGUGCUCGGUCUGUGCAGCACUGUAACAUUCACUGACCCCAGCCUCGGCCCUCCAGGAGCUCUUAGCGAACUCGUCACUGGCUCUUCUCAUCUGAGCUCUGCUACCAAACCAUAUGCAGACUGCCCACGUGCUCCAGCGUCGUUCGCGGUUCCUUUGUGGAGCAGAACAUGUUUUAUUGAUGUGCGGUUCAGCGGUGGGCGAAGGCGCAGGCCGAGAGGACCGGCCGCGGGAGAACGCGUCAGGCACGGUGGACGGACAGCCAGCCGGAGGUGUGACGGGGGCGGAGUCAGGGGCUGUGAGACGGAGAGUUCACUGCUGCGUGAGAGUGACAGCCGUGCAGGUGCGCAAAGCCUUAUGGGGCGUGGCCAUGGUGAUGUGCGUGUGCUCAUCCUGGGCUGGCUCCACCCAGCUGGCCAAACUGACCUUCAAGCGGUUUGACGCGCCCUUCACCCUCACAUGGUUCGCCACCACAUGGAACUGCCUCAUCUUCCCGCUCUACUACAUCGGACACUUGUGCAAGAGUCCGGAGAGGCAGACGCCCAAGCAGAGGUUCAGGGAGUGCUGUCGGUUCUUCGGCGAGGACGGACUGACAGCCAAGGUGUUCUUCACUAAGGUGGCUCCCUUCGGGCUGCUGUGGACGACGACCAACUACCUGUACCUGCAGGCGUUGCGCAAGAUCAACACCACCGAUGUCUCGGCUCUGUUCUGCUGCAACAAGGCCUUCGUCUUCCUGCUGUCCUGGAUCGUCCUGCGCGACCGCUUCAUGGGCGUCAGGAUUGUCGCCGCCAUCCUGGCCAUCGCAGGCAUCGUGAUGAUGACGUACGCAGACGGAUUCCACAGCCAUUCCGUUAUCGGAAUCACGCUGGUCGUGGCUUCUGCUUCAGCCUCUGCGCUGUACAAGGUGCUCUUCAAGCUGGUGCUCGGCAGUGCCAAGUUUGGGGAAGCUGCUCUGUUCCUCAGCAUCGUUGGGGGGGCCAACUUUGUCUUCAUUAGCUUCGUGCCAGUAAUUCUGUACUUCACCCACGUGGAGUACUUUGGAUCUCUGGACAGUAUUCCCUGGGCCAGCCUCUGCGGAGUCGCAGCCCUCCUGCUAGCGUUCAACAUCCUGGUGAACUUUGGGAUCGCCGUAACGUAUCCGACGCUAAUUUCACUCGGGAUUGUGCUGAGCGUUCCUGUGAAUGCAACGGUCGACCUGUACACCUGCGAGAUCCACUUCAACACGGUGCGGCUCAUCGCCGUCUUCAUCAUCUGCCUGGGCUUCCUGAUGCUGCUGCUGCCGGAGGACUGGGACCAGUGCCUGAUCCAGCUGAGCACCAGGCUGCGCAAGCGCGAGCAGCACGCCGAGCCGACCGAGGCGGGAGCCGGAUCCGGCCUCAACUGGAGCCGAAGAACCAGGACCUCCAUGUCCACGUUCACGCGCUGACGGGUUUCGUUCGACAGUGACCAAAAAAAGAAAACAUCGCCUGGAAAGACCAGCAGGACGUUAAAACCGGUGGGACCACUUAGCACGAUGGUUUUCGUAAUAACGCUAACUGGCUGAUGCUAGCUUUGAUCGAGCUAGCGUUCUUCAUGGAGACGACCAGCUCCAUCAGCACCACUCUCUGGCUGGCAGGCUGACCAUGGCGGUGGAACGUCUCCCGUCUGCUUUUCACACUUCACUUACCUGUCCCCGGUCACGGGAGGAUUCCACAGAAUUUUCGAUCUGGCGAGAUUUAAACGGAGCGGUUCAGAGCGGUUCUCCGUUCUAGAUAAACUUACCGAGUCAGAGUCGUUCACAGCGGUGGCGACAGGAACCGGAAGUCCCCUCUAAAAGCUCCUCGCAGGAAGUUCCUCCGUGAAACUUGCUGACGUUUGUUCAGAGCGGCAAAGCAGUGGCCAAAGAAAAGCCUCGAUUAUGGAGUAAAUAAAAAUUAAAAUAAAACGGCUCAGCUCUGUGUUCACAUCCCCGUCACCACUGGAUUGCCACUCUGAACCACUUUGUUCAUACCUCCCUCACAGAGUUAUGCUGGCAUUCUGAAAUUUUGGUGGAGUUCCCCUUUAAAAUGGACGAAAUCGGUCACUUUGGCAUUUGUUUGUUCCCUCCCGCUCUUUUUCUCCGUCAGGCCACUUCUUUCAGUUGAACCCGCUGCAGGAGUUUACGCGGCCAGACGAGUGACCGCGAGCUGAAAGCGGACGGAUGUAAACGGAGAACCCAAACGAUUCGGAUCAGGUACGGCUUACUGGGUGUACCUCUGGCCCUCCUCUCUGCCCGGACCUGAGCAGAGCAUCUGCUGUCAGAGUGGUCUGGCGUGAAAACUUUAGUUUUGAGAUUUUUUUUUUUUUAAAUAUUGGUGAAGUUCCCCUUUUAGGCAGAAACGUCCAGUCUACUAAGUGGACGCUCCUGCUGAUUUGCAACGAAAACCUUUACGGAUGAGAUCGGACACCUGGCUUAAAGGGGAAUUCCACCAAUUUUUAAAAAAAAGUUAAAUAAUUGCAGAAAUCUGAAGCGUCCAAUGCCUCCGAAAGCUCCCUCACUACAGAGAAUCCACUGCUUCACGACCGCCUUGGGACGUUUUUGGCCUUAAUGCAGAGUGCUGCAAGAUAUUGCCCAAAGGAAACUCAUUAUUCCAGAUUUUCAGCAUUCCAUAUAAGCUCAGAAGACCCAUGUAGGUUCUCUGGAGGUUCUGGAUGGAAAAUAAAGUGUCUAUAUCUGUGUUGUAGUCAUGGCGACGCCUGGUUCCCAUCACCACCGCUGUAAAGACGUCUGGACCGUUUCACACCAAACCCGCUCUGGUUCUCUGUUUACACUUCCCACGCUGCAGAAAUGUAAAAAUAUCAGUGGAAUUUCCCGACAAAUACCCAAUUUGAGAGGGGGACUAUCUAAAGGCCGGUAAGAAGGUCCACCCAUGUCUGCCCAAUACAGAGUCUCCAGAGCUUUUACUAUGGCCUUAACUUCUCCCUAAAGCUUCCCUUUUCCCACCAGCCACUUCAUCAUCGCUCACACCAGCAUGUCCAGGGCUGAGUCACGUCCAACAGAACUGCUCUGAUGGACCCGAACGCCGACACCGACGCCAACGGCAGAUGCGAUCUUGGGCCAGUGCCAAACGGAGGACUCGAGGACUUCCUGCAGGCCUGAAGAUGUUUUCUUCUUCAGCCCUGAAAUCAAGAAUGAACACGUGCCAUGACCUGUGAGCUCUGACUGAUCCUGGCCCAGGACCUCCAUCUAAGGAGGUUCAGGCCGUUUACAUCCAGUCGUUCUGAAUCAACUCGUCACCUUCUACGCGUUAAACACUGUGAGGCCACUUCGGGGUCAGGCGGCGCUGCCGCGCCGUAAACGAGCGUCGAGAAUGUAUGAGCGUUUCCCCAAACACGCACCACACGACGUGCUUUCCAGAGAGGCCGACCAGGACGUGGCUCUGCGGCGCAGCGUGUAUUUCUGCAUCCUGAGGAUCGACAGGGACUGCGAGUGGACGUGGAAGUGCAUGCGGGAACGGUCAGCCAGCGGUCAGCUUCACUGCCUUUUCUUUAGUUUGCAAUAGAGAUCAUCUGCACUGUCUCCCAUUGUCAUUGUUCCAAUGACAAUGACUACGAUAUUGUAUUCCUCUGGAAUUAUGGCUCGGAAUUAUUGUAAACCUUUGUAAGGAACGACCAUUUUUACACUGAAAUGCAGCAUACGGUUAUCACGUGAAAACAUGAAUAAACAACAGCUUCAUUUAUUAGACCGGCUGAGUUUUUAUCACGUGAGAAUAGAAUAUUCACUGCGGUCGGUCAUUUAUGUUGACCAUGGCCGUUUAUUAUAUUCUUCUUCUCGUCUGGACCGACUGUGCGAUUCGGGCUCGCAUGCAGCUGAGCGGACGCACGAUUUCCAUGUAGCGAUGGAAUUUUGUGGAAUUUUUCCUCAUAGGAACGAAUGGAGUGCAAAGGUUUUGGCACCUUUAAUGUGUCACGAUACAAAUACACUAACACACCCCACACACACACACACACACACAAAUAACACAUCAAACACACACACACACACUUUUAAGGAAGCAGCGUAUUUAAGGUGGCACUGGAUUUAAGGUAGCAACUACAUAACACGUCAACAAUGGAGAAAACACCAUCGAAACCGGCAACAGCCUAACGGGAAGCGGGGACCCUGUAAGCCGCGCGGCCUUCAGGACAAACGCAGUCAGCGUUAAUCCGUACAGUUUCUGGACCGUCCAGCGCGACGAGGCCGAUUCUCUUUAAAUUUCCAGUAUUUAGAGUUCGUCAGUUUGACCGGUACAUUCAGCUCGGACACUGAACCAAAUGACGCAGAGAUGAACAGAAGCGAAGUGUUUGGACUAAAACGGCUUCGGUGAUCCGGUUCGGUUUACAGCGAAUAAGCAGCAGGAGCGACCGCUGAGCGUCGAGAGUCACAGGUUGCAUUGUAAAAGGAAAAAAGAACAGAAGCCCAUUUUAGUGCAUGACUGCCGUUUAUUUACUGAAUAUAUCGUGUAACGAAUGUUUAUGUGCGUGCAUGUAGAUGAAGGGGUGGGGCGUUGGUGAGCCGGACAGGUGAAAAGGGCCAGUGGUGCUACAGAAACCGAUUUGGCUCUGAAUCCAUUGACGUGUUUACCGUACUGGGAUGUGCACGAUUCCGAAACGAUUCACAAAUUUCAAAAAUCGAUUUUCUAAUGUCAAGAUGAGCCGUCUAGUCCUUUCAACGCAAACCUGGCCACCUUGGGAGCCUUGGUGUCUAAUGCCCAGUGUGUGCCGAUGUCCUGGUACAGGAUAAACAACGUAAACAGAAACUCAGGCUCACGUUUCUCUUUCUGCUCCAGCUGCUUCCCUUCGUCUCUGGCAGGAGAAAUCUCCUCAGGAGAAGAGCAGCUUAGUGUAAAAUGUCUCUUGUCGUUUGGCUGUUUCACGAGUUGCUCCUUGUUUGAGUUUUCCUGUUCUGUGGGAAUUGGGUUGUGCCUUUACAGCUUUUUAGAGUUUGUCAGUCUCUUGUUGCGGAUUUAACGUUCCAGAAAACCAAUUGCACUGCUUAUAAAUGCGAAUAAACGCAUUGUUGCUGUGUGACUGACGGUCUGCACGCCGCCUUUCAGUCAUCAAGAAAUGGGGCUUUUGUGCUGUGUUGCCCCCCCAAUGAGCCCAAAACUGAAGUUAUACCAUCACUGAAGAUGGGCAGGAUGGCUGUAAUGGGCCGUGUGGACACCGUCCAGUUGGCUUGCCAUGUCACUUCCGUUUGAUUCAUUAUUAAAAGAUAUGGAAGUUGAAUAUGUUAGAGGUCAUUACAGAUACUUUGCUUUAGUAUGGCUGUAUGUGUGACCUGUAGAGGAUGUUGACUUGUUAUUUCCUUAGUUCCUCUGAGCAGACUGAGGCUUAACAUGCUGAUGGAUCAGACAGUGCCCUGUUGGAAAAGGACCAUUAGAAACCACCAAACAUUUAAAAUGCAGUCACUGCUCACCUGUUAAGACAUUAGGAUCCUGAGCCCAUUAAAGCCAAGUGGAACACUUACUGUGUUUAACAGCAGGUAGAGAUGCUUCACCACAUGUUCCUCAGACUGUUCUGCAUGAAGCUGUAACUGACCAACUGCUCAGGUCAAACUCAAAUGUCCAUGGUGCAUGUUUUGACUCCUGCAAGGCAAGUGUUUGUUCAGGAAUCUUCAAGACAAAUCUCCAAAAAAAAGGUGGUUGAGUGUGGUCUUGGUGGCUCAGUGGUAGAGGGCAGGUCGCUAAAGUUUGGGCCUAGAUUCUAAAUACCUCAGGGUAAGUCCAAAACUUUUGCCCAAAAGAAAUUCUGCAUAACCCCCUGUUGUCCUUGCUCCUGGGGCCCAGGGGGGAAGACGGGUAUACCUUCCCCCCUGGUUCUUGGGUUGUGCCCUCUGGGCUUGUGUGUGUGUGUCAUGCCCCCUUCACCCUGUGCUUCACCACCACCGUGGUGUGAGAAUCCUGUUCGGGAUGUGAACCGACAACCUCCUGAUCUUGGAAGCAUGGCGUCUACCGGUGAGCCACAGGUUCUCACAGGUGUCUGUCUUUUUUUUUAACAUUCGUCUUUGUUUUUCCCUGUCUUUUGCGUGAAGACAUGCAAAAGUGGGGCUUGAACCGACAACCUCCUGAUCUUGGAGGCAGGACAUCUACCGGUGAGCCACAGGAUCUUAUGGUUGCUGUUGUCUUUUUUUUUAACAUUUGUCUUUGUGUUUCUCAGUUUCAUCAUAAACUCCAUGUGAAAUGAAGCCUGAUGCAGGAUUUGAACCAGCAACCUUCAGCCUGCAGACAACGGGUUUACAGCAAUAAGCCACGCGAACGUGGAAGUGAAUGCCUUUUUUUUUUGGAUACUUGUCUUUCUUUGGGAUCCCCACUUUGUGUAUCUACUCAUGUUUGGGAGCAUCUUAAAAAAGCGAUUAUUCCAAAUCGCAGUUCCAGAUUAAACUCCUCAACCUGUAAAUAAAAAGAAAGUUCUUACCACCAAAGAACUUACACUGACCACAGAAACCAGCAUGCUGCUUUAAUACUUGCAGGGAAAUGUAUUCGUGACUCUACCGAAUAAAGAUGAGCUAAAAUCUA